AGAAAGGCGAAACACGGCAAAUACUGUAGGCUACAGCAAAAACCAUGAACAGAAAUCCGCUUGGCUGAAUCCCACCAAUUACACUGGCGCUUGCUGACUGGAAUAUACGCUUACACUGGGAAUAUCAGCUUAUUUUGUGGCUUGUUCUAGAUUCAAGCCACAGAUAAAAUAUAUAAACUUGUUUUUAAAGUGUAUUUUUUUCAUGGUAGACUAAAUUAUGUUUAUGGGCUUUUUCUGUCGUCAGCUGUUGAAUAGACUACAGUGCUUUUUCUUUGCUUAUAUACUUUGAGUCGUGGUAUGCAACUGAAAUAAGGAUAGAUAAGGCUACUCCAUACUUACAAGACUUUGGAGCAAAGCGGCAGCUUUGCAGUGCUGUGCGUUUGGUUGAGGAGCUAAGUGGCUGCAUUUGCUUCGUUGAGCGGGCUAGUUCAGCUGUGUUGGUUAGGCUAUUUGUCCAACCAAAUGAGGACUGCGCGCGACAUGCGGGCAUUGGAGUCAAGCAUCAGAAGGCUCUAACCUGUGAAAAGGAGCCGACACCACGCAAACAUGAUGGGAUCCCUGAUGCGACAUAGAUGGCUCAUGAUCCCAUUGUUGAUGCAGUGCUGGCUGCUAGCGUUUCCAAUCAGUGUUCGUGAGCGCCCCUGUCCUCAAAGCUGUAGAUGUGAUGGGAAAAUAGUAUACUGUGAAUCCAAUGCCUUUCGGGACGUGCCAAACAAUGUGUCUGUGGGAUGCCAGGGCCUCUCUCUGCGCUACAACAGUUUAGUGAAUCUCAGCGCUAGUCAGUUCUCAGGCCUCAGUCAGCUUGUUUGGCUUUAUCUCGACCACAACUACAUUAACUCAGUGGACAGCCAAGCCUUCCAUGGGGUACGGAGGCUGAAGGAGUUGAUUCUCAGCUCUAACAAGAUCACACAGCUACAAAACAACACUUUCCAUACUGUCCCUAAUUUACGAAAUCUUGACCUCUCUUACAACAAGCUGCAAGCACUCCAGCCCAGUCAAUUUCUGGGCUUGCGGAAGUUGCUCAGUCUCCACUUGCGGUCCAAUUCUCUGAAAACUGUCCCAAUGCGGGUUUUUCAGGAUUUGCGCAAUUUAGAGUUUCUCGAUCUUGGCUAUAAUCGAUUGCGAAGCCUCACUCGAAAUGCCUUUGCUGGGCUGCUCAAGUUGAUCGAGCUUCAUUUGGAACACAACCAAUUCUCCAAGAUCAACUUCUCUCACUUUCCCCGCCUCACCAACCUGCGGGCACUCUAUUUGCAAUGGAACCGAAUUAAGUCAAUAAGCCAGGGACUAACCUGGACAUGGACGGCCUUGCAAAAGCUGGACCUCUCUGGAAAUGAACUGCAAGUAGUGGAUUCCAGUACGUACCAAUGUCUCCCCAACCUACAGACCCUGAACUUGGACUCCAACAAGCUUAGUAACAUGUCCCAGGAGACAGUGGAUGCCUGGAUCUCCCUCACCACCAUCAGCCUAGCUGGGAAUGUGUGGUACUGUAGCCCUAGCAUCUGCCCCUUAGUGGCCUGGCUGAGGAACUUCAAGGGGAACAAGGAGACCACUAUGAUUUGUGCUGGGCCUAAGGAGUCCCAGGGAGAGAAAGUGAUCGAUGCAGUAGAGACAUUUAGUAUCUGUAAGGUCACUCCCACCACCUCUUUUGUCUCAACCACAGCCUCCCUCAACACCCCAUCUCAGUCUGAGCUCCUGCCCCUUCCCACUUUGUCCAGGGUUGAGGAGGAGUUGACCCGCAGUGGCACGGCCAUCCCCUCCCCUUCCGGGGUCUCCCCUACCACCCCAGAGCAGGAUUUUGAGUAUGUAUCCUUCCAUAAGAUUAUUGCUGGCUGUGUGGCACUUUUCCUGUCGGUGGCUAUAAUUCUCCUGGUUAUUUAUGUGUCCUGGAAGCGCUACCCCAGCAGCAUUAAGCAGCUCCAACAGCGCUCCAUGGUUAAAAAGCAGCAGAAAAAGGUGCAGGAAACAGAACGCACCCUCAGCUUGCCUCUGCAAGAGUAUUAUGUGGACUACAAACCUGCAAACUCUGAAACUAUGGAUGUGCUGGUUAAUGGGACUGGACCCUACACAUACACAAUCUCAGGAUCCAGAGAAUGUGAGGUAUGAUCCGUCACCCUCCUAAAAUCCAUUUCCACUGCGAGG